GCGCCGGCCCGCCCCUGCGAGCCUGGGCCGCCCAGUGCCGGCGCUGGGCCGGGGCCCGGGAUGUCCCGGGUCGGCUAGCUGAGACCGCGUUCUGCUUGGCCUGGCUCGGUUGCUCUCCGCUGGGCCCGAGGCUCGUCGCGAUCCGAAAUGGCCGAGAAGUCGGACAAGGCCGUCAAGUACUACCGACUGGAGGAGAUCCAGAAGCACAACCACAGCAAGAGCACCUGGCUGAUCUUACACCACAAGGUGUACGAUCUCACCAAAUUUUUGGAAGAGGAUGACCGCACGGCUGGCCUCCUGUUGCUGUGGCCCUGCUUCUUUCUGCUGUCUGUUGCCGUGGCCCUUCCUGUGGUGGCGGCCCCCGGCUGGUGUCAGGGCAGCACAGAUUGUGCCGUCCGCAUUCGUGCUGGGGACAUGCACAGCACGGACGACAGGUCAAAGAUCGCCAAGCCUUCGGAAAGCCUCAUCACUACUGUCGACUCUACUCCCAGCUGGUGGUCCACCUGGGUGAUCCCCGCCAUCUGCGCGCUGGCUGUGGCCCUGAUGUACCGCUACUACACGGCGGAGGACUAGCCUGGAGCGGCCGCGGCGCCCAGCGGCCCGUGCGAGGAGAAUCGGAAUAGCGUUUCCUGAAAGUAAUCGUGAUCCACCGGCCCCUUCCAGCUCCAGGAGAAGCAGCCCGACGACCGCCCGCCCAUCCCGCUCCGCCCCCUCGUGUGCCUGUGUUCAUCAAUUGUAUUUUGAUGUUCUAUCACUACAUAAUUUACUUGUUGUAGAAUGAUCUUCUAAAAAUAUACCGGGCUUUUAAAAUCCA